GAAAGCGUGACAAAACAAACCAUUUGUUCGAAUAUUUUUCUCCCCCUGCCGCCUUCAAACUCGUUUAAAGCCGUGCGUGCAAUCGACGACGAAUUUGUGACUGAAAAUUGAGAUCAAGCAGAUUCUUCAGCCAUUUGCCGCCGAGGUUUACUUGAGGUCUUUUCGGUGUUCUAUCUUACGUCAUGUUGCAAUGGAUGGGUGGAUCGAGGCGGAAAGUCACGACGUCAAGAAAAUCAACCCAUAAAAGGCAAAAACAAUAUUUUGAGCAAAGGAAGCGGCAGCAUCAGCACACAGCUGGUUUAGAGGGUUAUGCUGAUGGAAAGCACUCACACACUUCACAUUAUGAAAAUAGAUCGCUCGAUCUUCUGAGCCUGGCCAAUGUAGCAACUGCUGCGGAGGAGCACAAGACCAGGAAUCUUGAUGCAAGGGAUGACUCAGAUGAAGAUGAUUUUUCUUCGAAUAAUCAAGACGCACAUCAUCUUCCUUCCAAUAUCAUCAGUGAAGGCAUUCAUGUGGAUCAGUCUGAAACAAAUGAAGAAAAAACUUCAUUGAACCACGAGUUCGAGGUUGAAUAUUCAAAGAUGUACGCCAGUUUAUGGGAGGUACCAGCCCAUAUACCUGAUCAAUGUGAAGCUUUAGCUGGAAAAGACAACAAACAUUUUGAUUCUUUCAAGUUGCCCAAUACACAUCCGGUAUCUGUCAUUGAUUUGGUUGGUGAUGGUGGUGUGAGCAGUAAUGCAGAAGAAAAUCCAACACAUGCUCAGGAAUCCCAUGUUGCAUUUUCAAUUGAAGGUUUAGGGGAAUUGGAAGCAAAAACUCCAGAUCACUCACCAAAGAUAAAUUGCAGAUCCUUUUUACAUGGUUUUUCUCCCAAAAUGAGGGCAGGGAAAACUUCCAGAUCCAAACACCUGGAAUAUGAUUUUGAUGACUUUGGGUUGGUAGUGGCUGAAUUAUCAUCAAAUAAAUGUUUAUUACAACAGCCUUUGUGCUCCAGGGAUGUGGACAUCUUUGAUGAUCCAGACCAGAAGUUCUUACAGUUUAGAGAGCCCUCGUCAUUCAAUUGGUGUGAAACUAGUUUGCAUGGUGAUGUUGACAAUAAUGAACUCAUCUACAGCAUUCGAGGCCGGGGCAGAAAUUUUCGGAAUGGUCCUAACUACUUAAACAAAAGUGUUGAUCACUUGGGUGUGGUGUAUGACUCUUUUUAUGAGAACUGGAUGGAUCCAGUAGGUUUUGGACCUUUUGGUUAUGAUGAUCAUUAUCAUUGUAAAGAACUGUGGAAGCAGGAUAUUCUGGAUGGCUGGAAUGUACAAAAGAAACGCACCGAAACAACCAGAUAUUUUGGUGAGAGAGAGUCACCUGUUACUAAUCCCAAGCACCAAAUUGUUGAGAACCUUCCCGAUGUCGUAAUCUCUGAUACAAGGUGUCGCAAGCAUCAAAUUAUAGAAGACCUUUCUGAUGUCAUGGUUUCAGAUACAAGGCGGCGUUCCACUCUUGGAGUAGGCAAAGAUGUUAAAGAUUCUGUCAGCUGCUUCUUAACUACGGACACAAGGGAGAGCUUGAGCCUGCUAAGUGAAGAAUCAUGCUCUUCAACUGCUGCCUGAUAAACCCUUAUACCAUUUAGUGAGAGGUGAUUCAAAAAAGAAAACAUGAGAUACUUGGAUUAGGCCAGCAAGCUUUUUCAUGUGUUGGGCACACUGCAGUUUGACUGUCGUUGUAAACAGGGACAACAUGUGCAGGUCAACGUUUGGUCAACACCUUCAGUCCGUUAAUAUUCAAUUACCUCCAAUUUUUUUUGCCAAAUUCAAAUUGGCUUCUACAUCAACUUGAGUUUAAGGAUGGAGUUUGAGGUUAGCUAUGCUAUAUUCUCACGUAGAAGACGAAGACUGAUUUAAAGCAGCGGUACUCACUCAUAUUGGUAUGCCGUCUAUAUGCAUCUUCUUCUAUUAAACCACCCCACCUGCAUAGACCAAAAUUUAAUACGAUGUUGAAAACACAAAAGUAAAUGAAUGGUGUCGAAUAAGUAAAAACUGAGUGCGUUGCAUGGGGUAGUUAUGACGAGCGAGUGACUUGAUUGUGUGAACACGUACGUAUUCAUGUUAGAGAAGGAAUCAAGACAUGAUUUUAGUUUA